AUGGUAAUCUUGUCCAAUGGUAAUCUUGAAAAUGUCAAUCAGGGGAUUGCUAAGAAGCGGAGGAGAGCUCCAGUGGCUUUUUCUCAAUCUAAUAAAAGUGCCAUCAAAUUUGACGCCCCAAAAUACGAGAGCAACCUCCAAAUUAAGAAAUGGGUCCAGAGCCUUCAAGAUCAAGGGCAGAAAGAAAGCUCGGAUAUUGAGGAAGGUCAGAUUGUAACAGAAAAAUGGGAGUCAUCCACGGAGGAGGCUUCUGUAUCCAGGAGAGAUGCUUCUGAAGGUCCAACAGUGGCUGACAGUGUGAAGAAGAGAAUGUCACAAAAUGAAGGUAGUUCUGACCAAUGCAUUGGUGGAUAUAACGAGAAUCCCCCAUUUUUCCAGAAAAUGUUAGAAGAUUGGGUGGGAGAAGUAACUUUAUCCCCAAAGAUGCCCUUUAUUGACAUCCAUGCUAAACAACCGCAUGACUAA